UUUCGCGAACUUUCAACUAGUUCGUUCAUGCAUGGGACGGUAUAUGUACCAUACAAGAGGUAAUUACUAACAGAAAGCCUUCCGUCACUCGCUCCAGUCUUCUAGCAUUCAUCCAAGAUAGCGGGCAAAAUGGCGUCGAUUUACAAGUUAGCCUCGCAAACCUUUCGUUCGAACAGGGCGUCUUUGUUUUUGCCUGGUUCCACUCCAUCAUUUACCCAGAAGAGGAGCAUGUGGAUUGCUCACAUGCCUGGGAAGAAGCUCUGUUUUGAACACCCCUCAAUAACUCCACUCUUCUCUGAUUGCAUUCAGAAAAGGAAUAUCACUUUGCUCACCACCUUUAAAGUUGUUGACAACUCUAUCCUUGGAAAGAGCGUGAAAAAGAAUCGAAAACCAUACUUAAUAGGAUUUUACAAAGGUAGAAAGACUGCUGAGCAAGGUGAUGUGAUCAAAGUUGCCAUUGCGGGCAAGACAAAUAAAGCAGUUGUCAUUGGUACAAGAAAAACAAAACAUCAUACAAUACCAAGAUAUGACAACAACUGUAUUGUGCUUGUGGAUGAGAACCUCGCUCCACUAGGAACUCGAGUAAAGGCACCAAUACCAACAAUUUUAAGAAAGCGACAAGACAAGUUGUCAAAAGUGCUGGCUCUUGCUACAAGGUUUAUUUAGUCAUGAAUUGUGUAGUUGAUAACAUUUUGUUUUGCUCGAAUGUGUUAACUUUGGAGUGGACUUAGAUAAAUAUCAAAAUGCUGUAAAAAUUCUAAAAUUCUGUACACUUGCUGCUUCCAAUCUUCCAUCAGAAUAGAAAAAGAAAAUAAUUACAAUUUGUUAAGCUCCCAAAGAACUCACUGAUCAUAAGUCUGAAUAUCAACUCAUGAGCUCCUUACUGUGGAAGCUCCUUACUGUAGACCCGUUUUUGCAUUGUACAUGAUAAAGGUGUAUGUACAGAUGUAUGUACAUAUUGUCAGUAGCAGUAUGGAUAUUUGGAUACAGAACAGUUUCAUGUACAUUUGACCCAAACAUUAAUGUAGAGCCUGUAUUGGUAUAGCCUGAGAACACAGACAGACUUCUGGCUUUUGUAUUUUUGGCAGCGUGAAACAAAAGCCAGAAACCCAUCUGUGUUUGCAGGCUAGUAUUGUUAUCAUUUACAAAUACAAAUUAAAAUACAUUUUUACUCAUUCACUGGGCAGGUGUUAUGGUUUUAUAGCAAGUUAUGAUUGUCGCACUGAAUAACUUGUUCAACGAUGAAAGUAGCUUGUGAGCAACCACUCCUCUCUAAUAGCCAUCUCUUUUCAACAGGAAAGAUUUUUUUUCCAACUGUGUGUUGGUCCAAGCACUUGACACUUAACUUGCGUAGCAGACGUUCAUUUUUAAAAGCAUGUGAAGUGAACACAACUCCAAGCGGGUGAGAAAAAACAAGAAGCAGUGGAAGGGGUGGGGCAAAACACUCACCCCUCACCUUUCUCCUCCAUUUUUUGCUCACCUUCUCCCUGUUUCUCGCCAUUUUUUGCUCAUCCCAGGCACACUAGUUUGUUUGCUCAAUUCCCCACCUGAAAAAUGGAAAGGAAGCAUCCCCAAUGCAGGCUACUCGACACUCAUCAAAUUGCCACCACGACAGCUGCCUUUCAACAACUGCCUGUUGAUUUUCCUUAGCAUUAUGUUGCAGAGGUUAGACUAGAACUGUAUCUUAAUUCAUUUAAGAAAUGCACAGAAUCUUUUUUUAAAGUUCUCUGUUAUCAACAGGGUGAUGAGAGAACCAUGGGUGUAAGUAUAAAAGAGCUAGAGACUGAGACUGCAAUAUGUAAUAUGUGUGGGCUAUUGACCAAGCUUCAGGUCAAGAUGACAGAAUAUUAGCCAAGUUCUAUUUUUGUGUGUUUACAGAACAAGACUCAAUCAAGAAUGAAAAUUAAGAAAAACAAGGCUAAUCAUCGCCAUCUUGGGCAAACAAUAAAGACAGUUUUUAUUACAUGACACACAGGUCAACACCAAUUUCUUGUGGGAUAAAGCAAACAAUCUCAACUGAGUAGUUAACUCCAUCUUGCUCACCUGGGUAGCCAAUAAUAUUACAAGCAGUUCACCUUGUGUGGACUAGGCAGUAGCAAGUGUGAAUUAUUCGAGUGGAGCUCGCAUUAAGAGCUGGACUGAUUUUGGUAAAGGACAUGCCUUGAUAUAAAAUACAGAAACCGUGAUAUGUCGUGAAUUGCCAGGCACUUAUUAUUUAACCAUUAAUUUCUCUUCCAGAUUUCCAAUCUGUUGUGACUUAAGAGAAUCUUUACAAAAUUAAGAGGCCCACUGCUUGCUUGUGUGCUUAAGAGAGGUGUCACCUAUGGGUGGUUAAUGUAUUGUUCAGGGUUCAUGCUCUUUUUAAGAAAAAAACUUCCAGGACUUUUCCAGGUCUGAGAUUUAUUUUUCUAGGACUCUAAAAUUUACAUUGACCCUUUCACUCCCAAGAUCUGAACAUUAAUUCUCCAGACAUAACUCAUAAAGUAAGUUUUGAGAAUUUAGUGAAUUUAACAGAUUUCCAGAACAUUCCUGGACCAGUCUUAUUCCAGGACCUUCCAGUCCUGGAAAAUGCUGCAAUAAAAUUCCAGGACUUUCCAGGUUUUUCAGGGCCCAUAUGAACCCUAAUUGUUUGCAUGUAGCUGGGCCAAGUGUUUGCCUACAGGAGGUAGUCCACCUACCGGAGUCCCUGUUAGUAGGGGUUUGUCUGUAGAACUUUUAUAAAUUAUUAUUCACUUGCCAUGAUGCAGUAUGUCACAUUUUUCCUUUAUGCUGAAAUCAGUUUACCUAUUUUCCAAGCAUUCCACAAGAUGGCAUAGUAGAGGUAUGCUUGUUGAUGGUUUGAUAGUCACUACAAAGCCCUGUGACUUAAUGAGCUUUUUGCAAUCAAUCUUGACCACUGGAGCCAAUUAGCA